UUGGCGCCUGGAUGGGCUUUCCUUCAAGAAAUCAACACGGUGAAAACAAGCAAAAAAGUUAUUCGUGAUUUCUUGUUUUAUGGUUAGUUCCAUAGACUCCUGCGCCUAAAUCUCCCCAGUUCUGUGAGCCACCGGGCUGAAUCUGACACGAGACCACAUGGGGCGUCAACUGACGAGACGGGGCUCUCUGAGCUGGGCUUACGAGGGUUGAAGAAUAGGGAGCAAGUUGCCAGCAGAGUAGGCUACACUACCCGAGUUCUGCGAAUACAUUCGCUGCUGAUGCCAGUCUGGGACUCUAAAGAUUUACAAGAGGGAUUAAACAUGUCCAAAACGCUUAAGAAGAAGAAGCACUGGUCCGGUAAAGUCCAGGAGUGCGCGCUAUCAUGGGGGAAUGCCGAGGAGUUCGGCUCGGUUGUGGACGUACAAGGGGGAGCAGAGCUGGGAGAAUUCCCAUACCUGGGACAUGUGAUUACGGAGGCAAUGGUCUGUCACGUCGGGAGGUUACCGAACAUCGGGGACGUGCUUCUGGAAGUGAACGGCACCCCUGUCAGCGGCCUGACCAACCGAGACACCCUCGCUGUCAUCCGCCACUUUCGGGAGCCCAUCCGUAUCAAGACCGUCAAACCAGGCAAGGUGCUGAAUACAGACCUGCGUCACUACCUCAGCCUGCAGUUCCAGAAAGGUUCGCUGGACCACAAGCUCCAGCAGGUGAUCAGGGACAACCUGUACCUGCGCACCAUUCCCUGUACCACACGACAGCCCAGAGAGGGGGAGGUUCCUGGGGUUGAUUAUAACUUCAUCAGUGUGGGGGAGUUCCGCGUGCUGGAGGAGAGUGGCCUGCUGCUUGAGAGUGGAACCUAUGACGGCAACUACUACGGGACGCCCAAGCCCCCAGCGGAGCCCAGCCCGGUGCACCCUGACCUGGUGGAUCAGGUGCUGUUUGAUGAGGAGUUUGAUACAGAGGUCCAGAGGAAACGCACCACCUCCGUCAGCAAGAUGGACAGGAAGGACAGCGCAGCCCCCGAGGAGGAGGACGAGGAGGAGAGAGAGCGGUCGCCCCUGGUCAACGGGCUCACAGAGCACAAGGACAAGGCUGGGCAGGAGUGGAGGAAGACGGUACCCAGCUAUAACCAGUCCAGUAGUGGGGCUAUGGACUUCAGGACUUGGAACACCUUACCACACGACGAGAGCCAGGAGCCCCUGCCCAAGACCUGGGAGAUGGCCUACACAGAGACGGGCAUGGUCUACUUCAUAGAUCACAACACCAAGACCACUACCUGGCUGGACCCCAGGCUGGCCAAGAAGGCCAAGCCCCCGGAGAAGUGUGAGGAUGGAGAGCUUCCGUAUGGCUGGGAGAAGAUUGAAGAUCCACAGUAUGGAACCUACUAUGUUGACCAUAUCAACCAGAAGACCCAGUUUGAGAACCCCGUCCUGGAAGCCAAGAGGAAACUGAGCCUGGACACCCCCUCCUCUGGCCAGCAGGGGGCUACCACACCCUCAGAUGAGCCUGUUGUGGGUGUGAGGGGUUUUGUGCGGGACCCAGCCCACCUCCAGGGCUCCAUCCUAAGGACAGCUCUAAGGAAGAGCCCCCAGGGGUUUGGCUUCACCAUCAUCGGGGGCGACCGCCAUGACGAGUUCCUCCAGGUGAAGAACGUGCUCCGAGACGGCCCUGCCGCGUACGACAACAAGAUGGCCUCCGGCGAUGUGAUCGUGGACAUCAAUGGCUUGUGUGUCCUGGGGAAGACCCAUGCCGAUGUGGUUCAGUUGUUUCAGUCUGUCCCAGUCAACCAGUACGUGGACAUGGUGCUGUGUCGGGGCUACCCCCUGCCUGAGGACACCGGUGGGAGUGACGAUGCCGCAGGGGAUGUAGCCACCGCCCUGCCCCUGGCCCCCGAGGCCAGCCCGUCACCUUCCACUUCCAACACCAAGGACAUCCACUACGGCACCAGCCCAGACGGCACCCUUCCUAGACAGACCACCGCCACUGCAGUACCAACCAUGACCAACGGGGGGCGCCACUAUCCUGAGGGUCCAGACCCCACUCUGCUGCAGCCGGAGCUGGUGGGUGUGCCCCUGGUGAAGGGGCCGGGAGGGUUCGGCUUUGCCAUCGCAGACUGCCCCCUGGGCCAGAAGGUGAAGAUGAUCCUGGAUGCCCAGUGGUGCCGUGGCCUGCUGAAGGGGGAUGUUAUCAAGGAGAUCAACCGUCAGAACGUCCAGACGCUGAGCCACGCCCAGGUGGUGGACAUCCUCAAAGACCUGCCGGUGGGCAGCGAGGUCCACGUCCUGGUACUCAGGGGAGGUCAGACAUCUCCUGUGAAGUCUCUAAAACCUUGCACUGCUCCCAUGUCGCAGCAGAGGCAGGAGAGGCAGGAGAAGGAGAUGUCCACCAGCACCGAGACCCUCAGCCCCGCAGACCCGGCCCUGACCCCGGCCCCCCAGCCCCUUCCCUUCCCCCCCAACACCAUGCGCUCAGCCUCCCCCAAACCCGACCCCUCACAACUCUACCUCAAGUCCAAGGCCCUGCUGGACAGCAAGCCCCCCAACACCAAGGACCUAGAUGUGUUCAUCAAGAGGAACCAGGAGUCGGGCUUUGGUUUCCGCGUUUUAGGAGGAGAGGGGCCAGAUCAGCCCGUGUACAUUGGUGCCAUCGUGCCCCUGGGAGCGGCAGAGAAGGACGGGCGUCUGCGGGCAGGUGAUGAGCUCAUGUGUAUCGACGGGGUGCCAGUAAAGGGCAGAUCUCACAAGCAGGUGCUGGAGCUGAUGACCAACGCUGCCCGCAACGGACAAGUCCUGCUGACAGUCCGCAGGAAACUCGCUCACACAGAGGAGGACGUUGGUGGUGGUCAGCAGAAGGUGGCUCCAGCCCUGGUUAACGGCUCUCCCAAGCUCCUCCGCAUCGAGGUCCCUACGGCCAGCUCCCCCCAACACCCAGAGUGCUACAACGUCACCCUGCAACGCAAAGACAACGAAGGCUUUGGCUUCGUAAUCCUGACCUCCAAGAACAAGCCGCCUCCCGGAGUUAUCCCUCACAAGAUCGGCCGCAUCAUCGAGGGCAGCCCCACGGACCGCAACGGUCAGCUGAAGGUGAGCGACCGUAUCUCAGCUGUCAACUCCCAGUCCAUCGUGGAACUGUCCCACAACGACAUCGUCCAGCUCAUCAAGGAGGCCGGCAACACUGUCACCCUCACUGUGGUGCCGGAGGAUGAGAAUAGUGGUCCUGCAUCUGAAACCAGUUCAGCCAAGCAGAGCCCUGCAACACAGCACAGAGCUGUGGGCCAGCAGCCUGCCAGCCACACUGACAGGAAUGAAGACCCUCUGGAGUUGAAGUCCGUCCCACCCAGCGAGCUGGGACAACUCAUCACCUCGGGCCCCAAGCAGGGCUGUUUCCACGUGGAGCUGGAGCGAGGCCAGCGGGGGUUUGGCUUCAGUCUGCGGGGAGGGAAGGAGUACAACAUGGGCCUGUUCAUACUGAGACUGGCGGAGGAGGGCCCUGCGCUGAAAGACGGCAGGAUCCACGUUGGAGAUCAGAUCGUGGAGAUCAAUGGCGAGCCCACCCAAGGCAUCACACACACCCGGGCCAUCGAGCUGAUCCAGGCUGGGGGCACUAAGGUUUUGCUGCUCCUCAGACCUGGCCUGGGCCGGGUCCCCGACCCCAGUAUGAAGGAGAAAGUGAACAUUUCACCCUCAAGCUUUCCAAGACUCUCUGCAUCCGGCCAGCAGUCAUCCCCUGCUUCUCCAUCCUCCAUCUCCUUGUCCACCUCCGAGCUGUCCCCGCCCUCGUCCGCCAACACCACUGCCCCCGAAGAGCCCUCUGUCUGGGACAUGUCCGCUGCUGCUGCCCCCUCCCCCUCCAGGCUGCUGGAGCCCAACAAGGCCAGAGGGCAGCAGCCUCGCCACCACAGGGGUCACACCAGUCCCAACACCCUCCCCAAGAAGAGUGACUCCAUGUCCCACAGCAACAAGCAUGCUAGCCCCAAGAGAGCCACGGAAGCCCGGGCUGAUACCAAAGAGCGCUCCCAGAGCCCCAGGAAGACAGACAGAGGUGACCGAAGCCAGGCAGGGACUGUUGAAAACAAGAACGAGUCUUUAGAGGGAGACGUAAGAAGGGAGAGGAAGGCCCACAGCCACGGCCAGAGAGAGCGCCGGGAGGGCAGAGAGGGACGCUCUUCCAGCCCCAGGAAGACCACCCCUAGGAGGGAUCCAGAGGCAGGAGUCUCCAGGCAGCCCUCAAGGGGCCAGGAUGAGGGUCAGAGGCGUUCUGGAGGGCAGCAGCAUCCUAGCUCCAACCCGGCCUCUGGAGAGGGCACGCAGGGGGGAGAGAGGAGGAGGGGUAAUCAGGAGGAGGACCCCACUCGCAGACAGGAGAGGGAGAGCGAAGGUUGGGGAACCAGCGAGAGCCGUAGGAAGGACAGGGGGGCGGCGCCUCAUAGAUCCCACUCCCAGACACAGAGGGAGAAGGCACGGCCAGACUCUGAGGGCGGAACCCUGCAUCGCAGAGAGGGGGGUCAGAGAGAGGGAAGAGAGAGCAAGCACAGAGAGGCGGCUGAGGAGGAGAAUCCGAGUGAUACCAGGGGUAGCACAAGUAGUGCUGCUAUCCAGGAGCACACAUAUAACGGGAACCCUAGCAGUAAGAAACCGGCCACCAUCACCCCGGGGCCGUGGAAGGUCCCCAGCUCAGCCAAGAUCAACCCUCAUGCGGAGGGUAACUGAUGCGUUGUCGACGGACUAACCCGUCCAUAACAGACUACAGUUCUGCUCACCUGCAUUGAUGAUAUUUAGAAUGGACCAAUGAGGAGUGCAGGGGAUCGAGGUUAUUUAGCAUCACUGUGUUACUCCUCAUCAUCACAUUGCCUCCUAUUGCAUAUCAAUGCUUCUUUUCACAGUUUGCCUCAGCCAACCUUCCAGGCUGUCUUAAUGUUCAAAGUGCAGUCAGUCUGUGGCUCUGCAGUGGUGGUGGGUGCCUGUCUGAUGUGAAGGACAGUGAAAUCCAAUCUGUUUUGUGCCAAUCAGAGACUCGGACAUGCUGGGAAGGGAGUUGGUUCAUGUCCUGUAUAAUCCUUUCUGUGAAACUCUUUUUGUCGGUAAUGAAAGGAGGCUUUGAUGAAGGAUGCUGCUUGUCACUCUGUAUGAAGGUUUGAAGGAUGGGCUCGUAUCCAGGCAAAAUCACUCAGCGUUUUGUGUUCCUGGUGGGAUUGAUCUACUGCUGUGUCCCUGAUGGGUGUAUAAAAGAGGUGGUGGUGAUUACUCCUCGAGUCACUGGGAGAUGAAGGGGGUUUGGGUUUUCAAUGAUUGUCUGUCCAUAUCCAGUCCAGUCAUGCUCUCUGUGUAGACUCUGAAUCGCUGUUAUCAGCUUUGCAGUAGAUUUUAGAUCACUACGACAACGCUUUAUAUGCAUCUAUCUGAUGACCAUACACUUGUGGUUAGGUAUAUUGUUUACUUACUGCUACACGUGUGUUCAUUUAUGAAGCAUAUAGUAAUUUAUUGAGAUUAACUAUGACAAAGUAUAUAUAUAUAUAUAUAUA